AUGGCUGCGUCUCUAAUACUCUUGGCCAGUGUCCUCUCUGCAGUAGCGGCGGGGCCGAUAGCGGAGAGAAUUGCUGGUGGCGCUGUUACGACAAUUGCGACGUAUCCUUUUGCUGCUAGUAUAUCAUACAACAGACUUGGAUUUGGUACUUUCACCUUCACCUGUGGAGGGAGUAUCAUCAGCAGCAGAUCUAUUUUAACAGCAGCAUUUUGUGUGUAUGGGGAUCAGCCUAAUCGAUACCGAGUGCGUGUUGGUUCGUUGACUACAGGUCUUAAUGGGCUUCUCCAUACAGUCGACUAUUUCACUGUUCAUUCGAACUACAAUCCAGUGACCAAAGAAAAUGACAUCGCCCUAAUUCACGUAUUCCCUCAUAUAUUGUUUACAAGUAACGUCCAAUUGGCAAAUUUUGCUGAUCGUAGCUAUAUCCCUACAAGCAAUCAGUCGGUCAUGGCUAUUGGAUGGGGACAAAUUAAUCAUGGUGGAGCUCUGUCGGACAGCCUUCGUCGUGUCCAACUGUGGUUAGUUGACAACAACGAGUGCAAAAGACGUUACUCUGAGCUGGAAGGUCCCAACGUCACUUCCAAUAUGAUUUGUGCUUCUGGGUUCGAUCCUUCUGGAAAGGGGCAAUGUCUGGGUGACAAUGGCAGUCCCAUUCUUGAUGAUAGACUCAUUAUUGCGUCGCCAGUUCAUGAGAGAAUCGCUGGUGGUGCAAUUACGACAAUUGCGACGUAUCCUUAUGCUGCUAGUAUCUCAUACAACAGACUUGGUUUUGGUAACUUCGUUUUCUCAUGCGGAGGAUCCAUAGUCAGCAGCCGAGCCAUUCUCACUGCAGCUUUCUGUGUGUAUAAGGACGAGAUCACUCGUUUUCGAGUGCGCGUGGGUGCUUUGUCAGCCAGCAGUGCCGGAAGCGUUCGCACCGUCGAUUAUAUCGCUACUCAUCCAAAUUACAAUCCAGUUACUCAUGAGAAUGACAUCGCGCUAGUUCAUAUAUACCCACACUUGCUAUUCUCUUCAACUAUCGGAUUAGGAAAAUUUGCUGACGAUAGAUAUUUACCUCGCUACAAUCAGUCAGUCUGGGCUAUCGGAUGGGGACAAAUCAAUUAUGGUGGAGCUUUAUCGGAGAGCCUUCGACGUGUUCAGCUGUUUUUAGUUGACAGCAAUGAGUGCAACAAUCGUUACGCUGAGCUGAAUGGUCCCAGGGUCACUUCUAAUAUGAUUUGUGCUGUUGGUUUUAAUCCUGCUGGAAGAGGGCAGUGUCCUGGUGAUAAUGGCAGUCCCAUUGUUGAUAAUGACCUUAUUAUUGGUAUAUAUUCAUGGAGUCAUCAGUGCGCUACAGUUCGAUUCCCUGGUGUCAAUACUUUUAUAGCUAAGUAUUCAGAUUGGAUUAAAUCUCAGUACUAA